AUGGCCAAGCCUCGUGGACUGAACGCCGCGCGCAAGCUGCGCACGAUCCGCAAGGACAACAAAUGGGUCAGUCAUCCCCUUCGACUAACGUUCGCGAAAGACGCGGCGACCUUUCCCUGACACUGUGGAACACCUUGACCGUUUGCAGGCUGAUGCGCACUACAACAAGCGCAUGCUCGGAAACUUCUACAAGUCCUCGCCCACAGGAGGUUCAUCUCAGGCCAAGGGCAUCGUGCUCGAGAAGGUUGGUGUCGAAGCCAAGCAGCCCAACUCCGCCAUUCGAAAGUGCGUUCGUAUUCAGCUCAUCAAGAACGGAAAGCGUGUGGCUGCUUUCGUCCCCAACGACGGUUGCUUGAACUUCAUCGAUGAGAACGACGAGGUCCUGAUCUCUGGUUUCGGUCGCAAGGGAAAGGCAAAGGGUGACAUUCCCGGUGUCCGUUUCAAGGUGAGUACCUAGACUGGCUUGACAAUCGGCGGUGGCGGGUAGGCAUCAGUCUCGCUUGCCGUGGCAUGGAUGACAGGAUAACUCGCGCAGAUUCUGACUCCACGUCGAUUUCUGUGCAUUCCCACAGGUCGUCAAGGUGUCCGGUGUAUCUCUCUUGGCUUUGUUCAAGGAGAAGAAGGAGAAGCCUAGAAGUUAG